CCUGGUGCACGGCGCCCCCCGGCGGGCCGCAGGGACCCGGCGACGCCGCGCGCUCCAGGGCCCGCCAGGGUCUCCCGACAAAGAGCGCGAGUUCCCAGGACCGAGUCCCCAGCGAGCCCUCUCCUCGGCGGCCUUCUAGUCUCAGCCGAGCGCUGGGGAGAGGGUCUACCCAGCGAUCGCGCGGGUGGCGCGGGGCGUGGGCUGGGCUUCCGGACGUACGGUCCCCGGGGCGGGGCUCACCGUGUCCGCGUGUCGUGCUCUGUCCAGCUGGAGUCCGUCUGUGCCACACACUCGGUCCCGAGAUGACGGCCAGCAAGCGGGUGGCCAAGGAGCUGGAAGAUCUUCAGAAGAAGCCUCCCCAAUACCUGCGGAACCUGUUCAGCGAUGACGCCAAUGUCCUGGUGUGGCACGCUCUCCUCCUGCCCGACCAACCUCCCUACCACCUUAAGGCCUUCAACCUGCGCAUCAGCUUCCCGGAGGAGUAUCCGUUCAAGCCCCCCAAGAUAAAUUUCACAACCAAGAUCUACCACCCCAAUGUGGACGAGAACGGCCAAGUUUGCCUGCCCAUCAUCAGCAAUGAGAACUGGAAGCCAUGCACCAAGACCUGCCAAGUCUUGGAGGCCCUCAACAUGCUGGUGAACAAACCGAACCUGGGGGAGCCCCUGCGGGUGGAACUCGCCGACCUGCUGACGCAGAACCCAGAGCUGUUCAGAAGGAACGCUGAAGAGUUCACCCUCCGAUUUGGAGUGGACCGGCCCAAAUAACUCCAGUCCUGACCCCUCGCUGGAUCCUCUGCAUGGUGGAUGGACACACCUCGUGGACUGGGGCGAGAGCCCUUUAUGGCCCAUUCCCUGUGCAUUUUUCCUCCUUAAGUUGUUAAUUGUGCGUUUGUGUGUGGCGGAGGGAGGGGGCUGUGGGUAUGUGUGUUGUGGGUGGACUCCCUCUCAGGUUCACCUGGCCACAGGUGCACCCUCCCACUCCUUUUGCCUUCCCCAGAGCCAGGGGAGUUAGGUUUGCAGAGGUACAGGCCGUUCCCCAGCUCCCCAUCUUAGAGGGGCAGGCCCCCUCCCGGCCAGCUUGCAGGGGAUGCAGCCCGGCAGCCACGCAGAAUCCCCCCAGGGCCAGACACGGAGGGGCCGGGGGCAGUGGGGGAUGUUGAGGGGGAGGCACCUGGAGGGUCCCAUAUUGAUGACUGAGUGAUUGAAAUCAGCCAAACUACUGAUAGGCAUGUUUGGAUGUAGGUGCUAAACCUUUUAUUUUCCACUGAUGAAUUGUAGUGUGAAGAAUCUAACUUCCAUCUCAGAACUCUGACCACCUGUUUCGAAAUCACUCUCUGUCUCUCCGGUUGGGUUGCCAGUCCCUGGGGACUGUGCCUCAGGCUGUCAGGUGUGUGCGUCCAUUCUGGGGUGGGGCACACGAACUGUGUGCUUGCCUGCCAUUAAAGUCACCGAUGGAUUCUGGA